AUGAAUGAGGUUUUAUGCAAGACAAAUCAUUUCUCGGCAAUGUUUAUUCCGAGUGGUGACUGUGGUGGUCAUUUACAGAAGAUAUAACUGGCUAGCUGGGUUGGUAUAUCUAGCGAUGUUGACAUCACCGACUCUUACGUUGUUCUGAAAACAUGUUUACUGAAUGCUAAUAAUAAUAUUUACGGAACAGAGGUAGUGGUUGCUAAUUUAAUGCAAAAGAAACUCUAACACUACGUUAAGACAAUUCGGCGAAAGACUCUAACGAAACGAACUAGCUGGUUUGCUAGCUUGACAUGUUCCGAUGGAUACUUGGAGGUCGGGAAGCUCAGGGUGCAGUCGAGAAGAACACAGUCCUGUUCAUUGGGGAGGAACAGCCUAAAAACUCUUACACGGAGCUGCAGGUGCUUAAAGGACACUUUGACAUCGUUCGAUUUCUGGUGCAGAUUGAUGACUUCAGGUUUGCGUCGGCCGGAGAUGACGGGCUGGUGCUGGUCUGGAACGCUGAGACCGGGGAGCGUCUCCAGGAGCUGCGCGGCCACUCCCAGCAGAUCACGGCCAUGGCGGCCUACGGCUGGACGGCCGGGGACCUGGACCACGUGGCCCUCGUCACUGCCUCCUCCGACCGGACCCUCAGCCUGUGGGAUCCGGAGACUGGGAACCGGGUGCAGACCGUGUCCGAUCUGCAGUCUUCAGCCAAGUGCCUGCUUGUGUUGUAUCGCCUCGAUUUGUGGAUCUCCGGGGGGAAUGAGCUGUGCGUUUGGGACAGAGACUUCCACCUCCUGUGCAAGACGGAUCACCACAGUGACGCAGGAAUCACCGCCAUGGUUGAAUUGCCAAAGAAUUGCAUUGCAGCAGCGAUGGACAAAGAGAUUGUGAUUUACAGGUUGAGCGAGUCAUCGUCCAAAUCGGGCACGUCGAUUUCAGAAGUCCGCAGGCUGACGGAACAUCAGGACAGCAUCCGGGCUCUGAUCACCGUCAACGAUCAGGCCUUUGCCAGCGGCUCCCACGUGGGGGAGCUGAUCGUCUGGGACUCGCUGGACUGGAGCGCCCAGGCCUACGAGCGCAUCCUGUGGGAGGAGCCCCGUCCCGAGGGCCAGGCCGAAAUCCGCAUGAGCUCCCAGAAGCAGAGCGAGAUGUCCAUCCAGCACCUGGCCACGGACGGAGAGUGCGUUGUCGCUGCCGUCGGGAGCGGACUGUACCUUUACGACGUCUCCACGAGGGGCGUGGUCGCUUACAGGAAGGCCGCCCACGACUCCAACAUCCUCCACACCAUGCUGCUGCCGGAAGGACAGCUGUUGUCCUGCUCUGAGGAUGGCAGCGUGAGGAUGUGGGAACUCCAGGACCUCCCCUUAACCGCGGAGCCCGCCUCCUCAGGUUUCUUUGGGAUGUGGACUUUCGGGAGGUCGAGUAAGCAGGCCAGCCAGCAGGUGAAGAAAGUUCCGGAAGUCCCAGGACUACGCACCUUGGAGCUGACGGGGGAUCUCAUUGGACACUCUGGAGCUGUGCAGAUGUUUGUGAACUUUGUGGACCUGGGGCUGGUGACCUGUUCGGCGGAUCAGCUGAUCAUAGUGUGGAAGAACGGCGAGAGGCAGUCCAGAUUUCGCAGCCUGUCUCUGUUCCAGAAACUGGAGGAGAACCAGGGCCUAUGACCCCAGUGACCCCCAGCGCCUGACAUGUCCAUAGUUUUGUUUUGAAGCCCUAAUUUAUUUGUAUAAAUGUGAUUGUGUUUAAUUAUGUUUUUUAAAUUUUUAUGGCAGUGCAAUAUUGUCUGCAGAAGUGUUCUUACGUGUCGAACAAAAGGCAGCAUGCUUUGAAAGUGAACCGUUCUGCAGUUUUUGAUGUAACGUGCACAGUUCAGUGUCGCAUGUGAGUUGUACAGUAAGUUCUUAAACAUGAGCUUGGCCUUUAUGCACGAAUGUCCAUGACUGACAUGUAGGUUUGAUUUUAAUUUGGUGUGCUAAAAUGUUUUAACAGUAUUUUAAAACUGAACUUGUUUGUGUUGGUUGGAAUUUACCAAUUUUCGUCUUCUGCUUAAUGCUCAUUCUAACUGUGAAUAAUGGCUAUUAACUUAAUUGCUUUUAAUUCCUUAAAAAAUAAAGUGUUCUUCAGAGGUUGACCA